AGCCGCUGCCCGCCGGCGAUUGGGGCGCGCGCGCCUCCUUCGGUUUGGGGCUAAUUAUAAAGUGGCUCCAGCCGCGGUUAGCCCCGACAGCCCGGCAGGCGCUUGGAGCCCAGUGGCCUGGCCCGCGGCGGCUCGGCGACACUGAGGACCGCGACGAGUCGCGUCUGGGACCUGAUUUUUCCCACCAGUCUGCUCCACCUGAACAGCGUCAACUCCAUGGCGCGGUUCUUGGGAUUUUGCACUUGGCUGCUGGUGCUGGGACUGGGGCUCCCGGCCACCACGGUGCAGGCGGAAUGCACCCAGGACUGCGCGACAUGCAGCUACCGACUGGUGCGCCCGACCGACAUCAACUUCCUGGCUUGUGUGAUGGAGUGUGAUGGAAAAAUCUCUUCCUUCAAAAUUUGGGAAACCUGCAAAGAGCUCCUGCAGCUGUCCAAAUCCCAGUUUCACCAAGACAGCCCCAGCACCUUCAGAGAAAGCAGCAGAGAGGAAGAGAACCACUUGCUGGGCAAAAGGUACGGGGGCUUCAUGAAAAGGUACGGGGGCUUCAUGAAGAAAAUGGAUGAGCUGUAUCCUGUGGAGCCAGAAGAAGAGGUCAACGGAGGCGAAAUCCUUGCCAAGCGCUAUGGGGGCUUCAUGAAGAAGGAUGCAGAGGAGGACGAACCCCUGGCCAACUCCUCAGACCUGCUGAAGGAGAUUCUGGAAACAGGGGACAACCGGGAGCGCAGCCACCACCAGGACGGCAGUGAUGAUGUUGAAGAGAUGAGCAAGAGAUACGGGGGCUUCAUGAGAGGUUUAAAGAGGAGCCCCCAGCUGGAAGAUGAAGCCAAAGAGCUGCAGAAGCGCUACGGGGGCUUCAUGAGAAGGGUGGGUCGCCCGGAGUGGUGGAUGGACUACCAGAAAAGGUAUGGAGGCUUUCUGAAGCGCUUUGCUGAGUCUCUGCCCUCCGACGAAGAAGGAGAAAGUUAUUCUAAAGAAGUUCCCGAAAUGGAAAAAAGAUAUGGAGGAUUUAUGAGAUUUUAAUACCCUUGCCCAUCAGUGGCCCCAGGCCCAGCAAGCCUCCCGCUCCCUCCUCCCGUGAGAAAACACUGCCUUGAUGGUGUGUUGCUGCUGCGCGUUGCUUGUGUGGUACAGCUGACUUCACUGUCUGGGGGACUGUGCAACCUGAAACUGUCAUGUCAGGUUCUGUGUCUUCUCUAGAGUCUGUAAGCUCAGUGUUGGUCUAUUGCAGCUAUCUUGUCGUCACGCUCCAGUAGUUUUUGUUAUUUGGUCCCUUAUUUUUGAAAAAAGCAUCAGUAAAUGCUUACUUGUAUAUAGAUAUAAUAAACCCACUUCCCCAACUGCA